AUGGCUGAAAAAACAGAAGCUAAGACCCUUAGAUUAGGAUCAACUGCACCAGAUUUCCAAGCUGAAACUUCCAAUGGUCCAAUUUCAUUCCACGAGUACAUUGGAGACUCUUGGGCGGUUUUAUUUAGUCACCCCGAUGAUUUUACUCCAGUUUGUACCACCGAAUUAGGUGCAUUUGCCAAAUUGGAACCAGAAUUUGCCAAGAGAAACGUCAAGUUGAUUGGUUUGUCAGCUAACAAUUCCGAUUCCCACAAGGCUUGGAUUAAAGAUAUUGAUGAAGUUACUGGCUCCAAAUUGAGCUUCCCAAUCAUUGCUGACCCCGAAAGAAAAAUUGCUUAUUUGUAUGAUAUGAUUGAUUACCAAGAUGCUACCAAUGUUGACGACAAGGGAGUUCAAUUCACCAUCAGAUCCGUUUUUGUUAUUGACCCAAAGAAGAAGAUUAGGUUAACUUUAGCAUACCCAGCUAGUACUGGUAGAAACACAGCAGAAGUGUUGAGGGUAAUUGACUCUUUACAAACUGGUGAUAAAUACAGAGUCACAACUCCAAUCAACUGGGUUCCAGGUGACGAUGUUAUUGUCCACCCUACCGUCUCAAACGAAGAGGCAAAGACUCUUUUCCCAAAAUUCAGAAUCAUUAAGCCAUACUUGAGGUUGACCCCAUUGGACGUAAAGGAGGAGUAA